AGGAGGAGAGAGGGCAAACUUUGCGUGACUGUGGCCGUGACGCUUCGUGGGCUCACCUUGGCAAUCGCGGCAACCUCCGAACAUACCUUCGCUUAAAUUCCAAACAUCCGUUUGCGAAGGACAGCGGCGAGGAAUCCCCCUCAGGAGAGAUAGGGGCUGCAUCCUCUGAAGCUGUUCAUGCCGGAUAAAGUUUAUGAGCAGCGUGGUAGAGGAGAGAGGACAAAGACUCGACUGCAUACCUUUCGAUAAACUUAUUGGGAAGUCGCUCGUUGCCGGCCGCAAACUGAAAUGGGCACCUUGCGCGACCUCCAGUACGCGCUACAGGAGAAGAUUGAGGAGCUGCGACAGAGGGACGCGCUCAUCGACGAGCUGGAACUGGAGCUCGACCAAAAAGACGAGCUUAUACAAAGACUGCAAAACGAACUGGACAAAUACCGCUCCGUUAUCAAACCUGCGACCCAGCAGGUCCACAAGCAAAAUGAGCUGAACGAGCAGCAGCGGACGAAGAGGCAGGCAAUUUCAGCCGAACCCACUGCCUUCGACAUCCACGAUCUCAGCCAUGUCACCCUACCUUUCUACCCCAAAAGCCCACAGUCCAAGGAUCUGAUCAAGGAAGCCAUCUUGGACAAUGACUUCAUGAAGAACCUGGAGCUGUCCCAGAUCCAAGAGAUUGUUGACUGCAUGUACCCUGUGGAGUAUGGAAAGGACAGUUGUAUCAUUAAGGAGGGCGAUGUGGGCUCACUGGUUUACGUCAUGGAAGAUGGGAAGGUGGAGGUGACGAAGGAGAGCCUGAAGCUCUGCACCAUGGGGCCAGGAAAGGUGUUUGGAGAGCUGGCUAUUCUCUACAACUGCACCAGGACUGCCACUGUCAAGACUCUGACAAAUGUAAAGCUGUGGGCCAUUGACCGACAAUGUUUUCAGACGAUCAUGAUGAGGACGGGUCUAAUCAAGCACACGGAGUACAUGGAAUUUCUGAAAAGCGUCCCCACAUUCCACGGCCUGCAGGAAGAUAUUUUAAGCAAGCUUGCCGAUGUCCUUGAGGAGACACAUUAUGAGGAUGGAGAGUACAUCAUCAGACAGGGGGCCAGAGGAGACACCUUCUUCAUCAUCAGUAAGGGAAAGGUUAAUGUGACCAGGGAAGAUCCGCCCAAUGGAGAGCCCGUCUACCUGCGCAGCCUCGGAAAAGGUGACUGGUUUGGAGAGAAAGCACUGCAAGGGGAGGACAUCAGGACGGCCAACGUCAUUGCAGCAGAGGCAGUCACCUGUUUAGUCAUCGAUAGAGAUUCAUUCAAGCACCUGAUUGGAGGUUUGGAAGAUGUGUCCAGUAAAGGCCAUGAAGAUGCUGAUGCCAAAGCCAAGUAUGAAGCAGAGAAUGCCUUUUUCUUCAAUCUCAACCUAGCUGACUUCAAUAUCAUCGACACUCUGGGAGUUGGUGGCUUUGGACGUGUUGAGUUGGUUCAGCUCAAGAGCGAUGAGAACAAAACCUUCGCCAUGAAGAUCCUGAAGAAACGGCACAUUGUGGACACGAGACAGCAGGAGCACAUUCGUUCAGAGAAGCUCAUCAUGCAGGAGGCCCACUCUGACUUCAUUGUUAGACUUUAUAGAACCUUCAAGGACAGCAAGUACCUCUACAUGUUGAUGGAAGCGUGUUUAGGAGGAGAGCUGUGGACCAUUCUUCGAGACCGGGGUUCAUUUGAAGACUCAACCACCCGAUUUUACACAGCUUGUGUGGUAGAGGCCUUCGCCUACCUGCAUUCCAAAGGAAUCAUCUACAGAGACCUCAAACCAGAGAACCUUAUAUUGGACCACAGGGGCUAUGCCAAACUGGUGGACUUUGGUUUUGCCAAGAAGAUCGGGUUCGGGAAGAAGACGUGGACCUUCUGUGGGACGCCGGAGUAUGUAGCACCAGAGAUCAUUCUGAACAAGGGCCACGACAUCUCAGCUGACUACUGGUCUCUAGGAAUCCUUAUGUUUGAGCUCUUAACUGGCAGCCCUCCAUUCUCUGGCCCCGAUCCUAUGAAAACCUACAACAUCAUCCUGAGAGGCAUUGACAUGAUCGAAUUUCCAAAGAAAAUUACCAAAAAUGCUGCCAACCUAAUCAAAAAGCUAUGCAGGGAUAAUCCUUCUGAAAGACUGGGAAACUUGAAAAAUGGUGUCAAAGACAUCCAAAAGCACAAAUGGUUUGAGGGCUUUAACUGGGAGGGCUUGAAGAAGGGGACACUGACGCCUCCUAUUAUCCCUAAUGUCACAUCAGCAGUCGACACGAGUAACUUCGACAGCUUCCCAGAAGACAAUGAGGACCCACCUCCUGAUGACAACUCCGGCUGGGAUGUUGAUUUUUGAAGUCCUCCUCUCCCCUUAAAACCAAAAGGAACUCAUCUUUUGUUGGCUUGGAGGCCAUCUUGACGACAUGGCUGUGUUGUAAAAAAAAAAAAAAAAAAA